AUGAAGGCUGCUUCCGGCAGUGGUAACUCCCCGGGGCCAGGCCCAGUCCCCAGCCCCACGUGCCCACGGCCCCAGGGCAGCCCCAGGGCCCAGGUUGGCCCACUCCUAACCUGUCCGGCUGCCCCAACCAGGCCAGCAGAGUUGGAGCCGGCAAAGCUGGAGCAGUGGCUCCCCGCCCCCGGCCCCUCCCACCGCCCCGGGCGGGCGGGCAGCCUUCCCCAGGGCCUUGGGCGCCCCCUCCUCCUGCAGUCUGCCAGCGGGAGAAACAGAGCACCUCCCUUGCCCCAGGCAGAAAGACCGCUGGGGUUGGCGGAGAGCCUGUCAGCAGCAACGGCGAAGGAACAUCUUCCCCCCAACCAGGACCGACACGGGCAGGCCAAAGACCCUCCUCCUGCCUUGCCAGACCCUGCCAGGUUGGGACUGUCCCUCCAGGCUAUAGCACUUUUGAGGCUGUCAGUGGCCCUCCCCAAGGAACCUAGCCCAGGGGUGCGCUGCAGCAGCCUGCCCACGGGAAGAGGGGCUGGCUGCCCGCAAUGGAGACAUGAGUAG